GUUGUUAAUUUUCCAAAUAGCUGUUUUUAAAGAAAUCAAACUAUAUGUGAUAGAAAUAUUUUAGAUGAAGACAAGAAUUAGAACCUAAAAGUACCACAAACAAGCUGGAAUGGUGGUCCAUGUCUGAUGAGAUGAAACUUCAUAAGAAUGAAUGUAAAAUCUUGCAAUUGUUUUUUUUUUUAAUUGUGCAAGUACGUAUUUCACAUAUUCAUGUGAGAACAGCCAGGUGGUUUUGGCAGUCUGCAAAAUGAUUAUGAAGUGUGAGUCAGCAAUGUGGCAUGGUGGUCAAAGUAGCUAAUGAGGUAACGUACAUAGCAUCUGGAAGAUUGUGGGCAUGAAGCUAGAAGUGGUUCUAGAGGAAGACAACCCAAGAUAUUGAGGGUCAGAAUCAUGCCAGAUGAAAAUGAGCUGAAGGAGUCAAGGACAUUUGGGCUGGGGAAGAAAAGAGGAUGUAAACAGUUGCAGUCUAUGGGUAUUGAAGUGCUGUUGGGUGUAAGAGAUAUUCAGCUUAAAAUUAGCUUGGCCCAAAAGGACAGACUGAACUAAUAUCAAUGCAUUGAAGUUGCAGAGGGGCAGAUUUCUGCUGAAUGUAAUUUUAUAAUGGUUGUCCAAGAAUGAACUAUGCUGUUUAGGAAAUAGUAUAUACUGCCUUUCACUGGAGAUCCAGGAAGGAACAGCUGGAUAAGUAUUCAGGGUUAUUGUAGAGAAGAUUCAUAUACUAGGGAUUGAACUAGAUUACCUCUGAAGUUUCUGCUUAUAGGAUUCUAUGAAGUGAAAAUGAAUCUAUGUAAUAUAUUUUUUACUAACCAGUAACAAAAAUGCUUUUCCAGUUGUUAUGUUUGGGGACAUUCCAGACCUUUAACUUCAUUUGCAUGGAAACUGUUUCCACACAAUUGAAGACUGGCAAUUCCUGUGUAAUUUAAUAAGUCUGAGAGAGUUGCCUGGGGCACUGAAAGUUUAAGUAACUUGCUUGUGGUUUUGCAGUUACUGUGUGUUAGAGAUGUGACUUGAACACUGGUGUUUCUGAUUCCCUAUCCAUCCUUAUGUCCUUUACAGGAAACUGCUCCUCAGUUGCUGGAUUGACCUUUGUUUAAAGUUCAGCUGAGUGUAAUUGUUGCUUAGAGAAGAAAAUUAGUAUUGAUAUUGUUCAGUAUCCUUAAACAUGAAAUAUGCAUCAUAUGCUGUCAAGUUGAGACAGACAGGCACAACUGAUUACAUCAUACAUUGUAUUCUUUCUUUGUAAACAUUACCAAGCAUGAAAACCAUUCGUUUAUUGUAGUGCUUGUGCGUUAAAGACAUUGAACAUCCCAUCCGUUUUUUUAAUUGAUUUGUUUAAAAUGGGAGCUAACGCAAUGCAUCAAAAUAGGAUGUUUCAUAUCCUAGUAACUUAUACUAAUAGUACUCAUUUAGGAGAUUGCAGAGGGUCAGGUGGUUUAAGGUGAUUAAAAGGAUUAUAAUAUAGGUUGCAUAGUUUAUUAUAACUUAUUAGUGUUGGAAGGAACCUUAGAAAGUAUCUAACUUGUUGUUUCUUGCUAAUUUGGUAACCCAUUUCCCCUAUGUCCUCUGCGCUAAACGAUAUGAGAGCAUAGAACUAUGUGUAUAUGCAUACUCAUAGGGAAAGGAUAGAAUGGAAAAUUAGGAUUGCAAGGCAACAAGGGAGAGGGUGUACCUUGGGCAGACCAAUACUUGGUGAUCAAAAUUUAGAUGUGAUUAAAUUUUGAGGAAAAGAAUUUAUUCUUACCUGGUUAGUAGUAUUCUGAUACUAUUGUGCAAUUUCAGGCUAUUUAGAAACUAUUUUUGCAACUUUCCGUGUCUCAUAUUUUUAACAAGGGAAGAAAAUAAACCCUUCCCCUAAAAUAUUCUAAAUUCAUGAGCUUAUUAUCUGGGAUAUAGGCGUUACGGAUUUUGUUUUUGUAUGUCACUGGUUCUUGAGGUAAUUUUGAACAGAUCAUUCAAGGCUAUAGUCUGCCUGCUUCUGACUAGAGUUAUUUAACAGGGUUGUUGCAUGGAGUUUCUUAAAAAAUACUUUUUAGAAAUGUGCUAGAAAGAUGUUAUAAUUACUAGGGUCUGUUCUCAUCCUGUCUCACUUCCUUCCACUGUGGAGACUAACAAAAUCAUUUUGAGUUAUUUUCACCUUUUAUAUAUUCCUGGUUUUGUUGUGUUCCUAAAAGCUAAGCUCUUACCAGAUUUUUAAAAUGAGUAAAGUCAUGUCCUCUGGAAGUUUUAUCUGCUAGUGUUAGGCUAGUCUGUUAAAAACUCAUAGAAAUGUAUUUUGUUGUUUUCUACCAUUUUUGUCCUGGAAGAAAAAAGCAUUUUGAAUUGCCUAUUUUGUUGUGCAGAGGUUUUUUCCAAAGGCAUAAAUAUAAUCAUGGCAUAAAUGUAGGUGUAGCCCCUAUUGAGCUUUAGUACUCAGGUUUCUUGUACGUAAGCUUUCCCACAGUUCUUGACAAGUACAUUUGUGGCUGCUUAAUGGUCUACAAUUUAACUUAGUCACUGCAUGGAGAUAAUUUUUGUAUUUACAUUUUGGAAAUGUAAUAAUAGAUAAUAAUGCAGCCCAUGAAUAAUAGUUUUUACCAUUUCACAUGCUUAAAAAGUCAAAACUGUGCUUUGUCUUAGAAUAUUGUUCUGUUUAUGGUAACCAGCUGGGGAAGAAGAUUUCAUUUAUGGAUGGACAUGAUACCUAACAUGCUGGUCCUUAAGUAACUAUGCCUUGACAUGGAACUAUUGUGUGUGCUCUCUUUUAAUGGAAGAAAAUGGAACUGGCCAUGAUGCCAAGAUGGAACAAUCUCAUAAUUUAUUAGUAGUCAACUGUAAUAACACCGAAGAGUCAGAAAGAGAUGCUCAGGUGUUUCAGCAUCUAACCUGCAUGGAUUCCAGGGAGCCUUCCUUUGGACAAAAUGAUUCUUCUGCAGUUUUGCCCAUCACAGUUGGUGUAGCAGAUAAUUCACCCCCAUCACAGCAUGUACCAGUCCAGCUGUCACAGCCACAGUCUCUUUCCACAGAGCAGUUCCAUCUAGUAGACCAAAAUGGGCAUCCUAUUCAGUAUGAGCUUCAGUCAGUAGGGGAUUAUAAUACACAGAUGAUGAUUGUUACUAGUCCGUCAGAAAAUGGACAGGUGCUUCACGUAAUUCCAUCCACUCAGACAGGAAUGGCACAAGUUAUUAUUCCUCAGGGGCAGCUCCUAGAUGUGACCAGUCCUCAGGAUAUUUCAGAAGAGAAUACCACUGAUGGACACUUACAGACUGUAGCAGUGGCUGCUAUAGCAGACAAUACCAGUAGUUAUAUUCUUCAUCCACAAGCAUCCCUCUCCUUGCCUAAAAAGACAGCAACUAGAAUAGCUGACGACCCUUUUCCUGUCCCUCUGCAACCACUUCUUCCACAUACUCCUACAUGGGCUGUUCGUCUACGGAAUUGUCAGAAAAUUGGAGAUUCGUACCGUGGUUAUUGUGUUAGUGAGACAGAAUUAGAAAAUGUACUAACACUUCACAAGCAGCAGACAAAGACUAUCUGGGGGACACGCCAAUCUCCAAGCCCAGCAAAACCUGCCACACGCUUAAUGUGGAAAUCCCAGUAUGUUCCAUAUGAUGGAAUCCCUUUUGUCAAUGCAGGGAGCAGAGCCAUAGUGAUGGAAUGUCAGUUUGGGCCAAGGAGGAAAGGUUUCCAGGCCAAAAAAACUGGAGAGCAGGAAAGCACCUCCUCCUGUCAGCUCUACAAAGCCACUUGUCCAGCACGGAUUUAUAUUAAAAAGGUACAAAAAUUCCCUGAGUAUCGAGUUUCUACUGACCCUAAAAUUGACAAGAAAAUCAUCAGAAUGGAGCAGGAGAAAGCCUUUAACAUGCUGAAGAAGAAUUUGAUCGAUGCUGGAGGGGUUAUCAGGUGGUAUGUACAGUUGCCCACCCGAAAGGCUCAUCAAUAUCAUGAACUGCAGAAACCUUGCCUCAUUCCUUCUCCUUCCCCUCUCCUUGUUUCUUCACUUGAGAAUGAGGAAGAUACAGUUCGGGAUGAGAACUGUACAUUAUCCUCACGUCUACAUCCACAAGUAGCAGAUAAGAUCAGAGAACUGGUAUCUCAGGGAAUAGAACAAGUCUAUGCAGUGAGGAAACAGCUAAGAAAAUUUGUGGAGAGGGAAUUGUUCAAGCCUGAUGAGAUACCUGAAAGACAUAAUUUGUCCUUUUUCCCAACCGUGAAUGAUAUAAAAAAUCACAUUCAUGAGGUACAGAAGUCCUUGAGAAAUGGGGAGAUGGUGUAUAAUUCAGAAACUCCUCCAGCGACGUUCCAAUGGACCACAGACAGUGGGAACAUUCUCACAGAGACUGUAACAGUUACAUUUGCAUCACCAUCCACUGAGGGAAGCUCACCAGGAGAAUCGAUUAUCACUAAAGUGGAAGCAGAUCAGACAGGGGAGUCUUUGUCUCCAGAGACAGCCCACUUGCUCUCUUCACUCUCUUCACUUCAGCCCAAAAUAUUUGCACAGUUGCAGGGUUUACAAUUACAACCAGCUUUCACCUCUACUGAUGGAACAACUGCUUUGAUAUCAGUAAACAGCCAUUCUCAUUCUACUUCUGCAAACCUUCUGGAUUCAGUAGGAAGUGCUGUAAUGAACCAUUCUGUCGUGUUCACUCAAGGACAUAACCUUCAGGCAGGAGCCUGCCUGACACAGAACCCUCCUGCUUCCUCUACACUGGGUAACCUUCCAGGGCCAGAUCAGAACCUUGUUACAAUGGGCCAGCUGGUAGCAUUUGGAGGUGUUGAGGAUACAGGCAGCCCGGAAGGUAGCGUUCAUCAGAUUUUUUUGGGAGAUGUACAAACCAUUCCAAUCAGGAUUGUGAACAGCCACCCAACUCUUAUUGAAGAAAGUCUGCAAGGUACAAUUUCUGUGAGUCAAGUUAAAGAAGAGCCCAAUGAACCAACAUUAUCUGAGCAAGCAAAUAAUAUCCUGGACAGAAAUACCUCAUCCAUGGUUUAAGUUUCUCAAGACUUUUUAAGGCUUAAAAUUUUGAAAAAUUCAACUCUCUUGGAAAUGAAAGUAGACAGUGUCAAAAAUGGUGCCAUUCUUCUCAGUGGCAUUGUAAACAGCAUAUUAUAGAAUAGUUCUAAUGGAUACUUUCAUAUAAAACUGAUAAUGAUUUGUACCAAUUAAAAGUCAUUAUGUUACCUUAUGAAAGAGCUUCUCUUCUCAGUUUUGGAUAGAUCUGCUAGUUCUAAAUUGUCUGAUUUAACCAGUAUUUCAAACAGUAGGCUGAAGGUUUGGUGCCAGUGUAAAUAUUUUUCCUAUUCAUCUCAUAGAAAGUCUUAUCUGAUUUUGGGUGCUUCAUGGCUGACAAAAACAUGCUCUUACAUACAUCAGUUAUAUAAGUCUUUUUUUGUCUUUUUCCUGUUUUUUUGUUUGUUUGUUUGUUUUCUAGGAGGAAAAUGGCUUUUAUAGCAGAGCCUAUUUGGUUCUAGUUGGAAAAGGUACUUAAACAAUGAAGAGACUGCAUAUAAGGAAGAAAGUUACAUUCCAGUGCUAAAGAAAAUAUGGGUGAUAAAUGAAAGCAUAUUGUAAAUGUGAAAUGUAAUGGGUCUCAUUUGUUAAAAUAAUUUUUAACAUUAUAAAUUAUUUUCUCUUGGGUUGCAGUUUGUUUCACCUGGAAAGAAACACAGUGGUUUUUACAUCAUGACUACUAACGACCACAGUCACUUCUGGUGAAAUGUGGCUGUACUUCAGCUAUUUCCCUUUAACUUUUUGCACUUCCAGUUACAAAGAGCUUAUUAAUUAAUAGUUUUCAGAAGGAUACUUGGAAUAUUCUAAGUACAAAGAAUCCUGUAUCCUUAAGUAACUUGAAUUACACAGAAAAGCAAUAGAAGUACAUGUAGCAUAUAUAAAUACUGUCUUUAUAGCUAAAACACUACCGUCAAUGGAAUUAGAGAACUUUUGAGAACACAAAAAGAUUCCCAGAGUUAAAGGCAAUUUACAAAGCUUUUUAAACUGAUCUCAGAGGAUCUUUUUAAUAUUACAUUGAAAAAAAAUGGGCAUAUAUUUACAUUUUUUCCAUGCCAAACAAAAUUCUUCAUGGAUUGAUUGGCAUUUAGCACUAAGAUAUUUCCAUUAAAAAUAUUUAUGCAUAAGAUUAAUUGUUAUUUAUAGUAAUAAAAUGUAUUGAUCUGUUGCAUUUGCUAAUUAAAUUAUUAAUAUUUAUUUCAAAUGCCAAGUAUCAUAGUAGCAUUUUCAGUAUAAGCCCUUGUUUUCAGGUAUAUUGCUGAACCAGAAAAGUCAACUAUAGUUGUCAGGAAUUCAGCUUAAUUGCAUUUUUUAAUUUAAAAGUUAAUAAAGAAGGGUUUAUCAGUGUUAGAUAUUAAAGAUAUAGAAUUUUCACAUAGACAAUGUAAAAUGAUGUUUGAUGUUAACAUUUUGACUACUCUGAAUCACUUUUUGUUUUUCUAAAGUGAUUAGAUGAAGUCGUGAAGGAUUCUCAUCCUUAAUCUAUUUCAAUUAUUUUAGUAACUGUCUAUAUUUGGAGAGUUCCUUCAUUCCAGGUGGAUGAAAAAUAGAACCUGUAUCAAAUGUUUUUGCUUUUUAUAUUUAAUUUUAUACUCUUGGGAUUAUUUAAUAUAAAGCUUAAUCUUUAGUUAAAUCUAAAACUUGUUUAGCAAGAAAUAUUUUCUUUCCUGAGGAAUGAAAAUAUUUAAUGUGGGCAUUCAUAAUGACUCCAACUCUGCCAAAUCUAAUUAUGUUAAGUCUGUUAUACUUGAUAAAUUUUUGUGUUAAGUCCAUUGAUAAUUUGCCUUAAAUUUAAAUUUCUACUAAAGUUUGUGGUAUCUUGCUUAAAACCAAUGAGUGAAUUUGUUGAGUUGUCCAUGUUAAUUUCAAAUUUGGGAUAUAGAGACUAAAAAAAAAAUUACUUUUACUUUCCAUUGCUGCCUCCCAAACUAGUGUUUUAUAACUCCCUUUCUUAACAUUUCAAAUAGUAAAUCUCAGUCUUACUGAUAGAGAUGUCAGAGAAUAUAAACCUUAACUCUUAAUCAGAAGAGAUUUUUAUACAAAUAUUCCUCUCACCUCAUUUUGCUGAAUCUCUCCUUUUUAUUAUUAGAACAGAGAGCAACAGUGUAUCCUGAAAACAACUAUAAAAUACUGCUUAAAUCCUUGAUUUUAUAUUCUUUUAGUUUUGUAGGUAGACACUGGAAAUAUUUUCAUCUGGAUCUUUCAUUGAGUAGUUCUUCCAAAAGUGACUACCAGACAAGUUCUAGAAACUUAAUAUUCUUUGUCCUCCAAGUGCAUGCUCAGGUUAUAUCAGUGUUGUCUUCGAAGGUGCCUAGGCUUUUGUUAUUUAAAAAAAAGUGUUUACAUAUAUUGUCUUAGAUUUGUUUUAAGGCAUGUAUUGAAUUUGUCAUAAUGGUAUAACAUUUUCUAUAACCACACAGUUGGCAUUCUCCUCCUAGUUGCUAUGUAGCAAAAUUUUACGUGUCCUUUUGUGUAUGAUAUAUGAUUUUCCUAUUCAUCUCAUAUUUCCCUUGGUAGAUCGAGGUAGUGCAUUUAAAAUAAGCAGGUAGGGAUUCGGAAUUGAUAUUUGGGCAAAUUUCUGAACUAUUGACUAAUUAUCAUUAUUCUGUUCAUAUUCCAAGCCACCAAAUUUAUUUCAAGCCCCAUUGCAAGUCAGUUGUAGUUAAACAGCUACAAUUUCCUUCAAAGUCAGUUUCCCAUAAAGGCAGUUAAUAUCUUUACAACAAAAGGCUUAUGCACAUAAAAACUCUGGACUGAAGUGCAGGAAAGCAAUAGAAAACAUGGGUCCCUUGUUUUGGUCUUGACUAGAGUUUUUAGUAUUAAGCCAUACAAAUCCAAGUUUUCUCUUUCUUUAUAUGCUAUAGAGAUAUGCUUAAUCAUGUGGAUAUGAAAAAUGUUGUAUAACUUGUAUAAAGUUUAAAAAGAGAUAAAGUGUAUAUUUACUGUAACUUAAUGUAUAAUGUUCUUGUUAUAAUGUAAUUUUUUUUUAAACGUAAACCAAAAAAAGCCUUUUUUUAAAA